GCUAGCCCAGGAUGGACAUGAUGAUCAGGCGCUCGAUUACUGUGAGAGCAUUGCUAUAACACUCUGCAGAUACCCUUACUGCAUGGAAUACAGUAUGAUAGAGGAACUUACAAAGCUCUCUGAGGAUCUGGUUGAAAGGAUGAAGAAAAGACAACCCAAGUGGCUGAAAACACUUCAGCAGGGGCAGGAAGGCAGGCGUGCUUUCAUAAGCAAUGUGUUUAAGGAUGAUUCAGAACACUGUGAGUUUCAUUCUCGCUACUUCGUCUGGGGGCUCCUGGGGAAAGGAAACUGUGGCACUGUCUACGCCGGAUUCCGUAAGGCAGAUAAGAAAGCGGUUGCCUUCAAAAAAGAACACAAAGAUUCCAGUUACAAAAACAUCACCAUCCCUGGAGAGAACCGCAUUCUGCCUCUGGAGGUGGCGUUAAUGAAGAUGGUGUCUAAGCCCCCUCGUUGUGAGAAUGUCGUGGAGCUUCUGGAAUGGUUCGAGUCACCUGAUUUUCUCAUUUUGGUGCUGGAGCGACCCGACAACUGCAUGGACUUUAAGCAAUACCUUAUGUGUAAAGGAGGAGGAUUGGAGGAAGCAGAUGCUUGCACCAUAAUGCGGCAGGUAGUUCAAGCUGCUAAGCAUUGCUGUGAUUCUGGUGUUUUUCACGGUGACAUUAAGCCUGCCAACAUUCUGAUCAAUCCCGACACAAUGGAGGUGAAGUUGAUCGACUUUGACUGUGGCGAGUUGCUGACAGAAGGGGCGUACAAGCAUUAUAAAGGCAGUAAGAAUUACGCUCCUAUUGAGGUGAAAUCUCACAGAGAGUAUUAUGGCGUUCCUGCUACAGUCUGGAGCCUGGGUGUUCUCCUGUAUGUGAUGGUUUGUGCAGAGCUGCCUCCUAUCUGUGGUAAUGAGUUUAUUGCUUGGCAUCUGCGGCGAUUUAAACACCUGUCUCAUGAGUGCUGUGACCUGAUAAAACGAUGCCUGGAAGACGACCAUGAAUGUCGGGCAACUUUCCGUGAAAUCCAGAGCAACAAGUGGUUUAAAGCGGGAUGUCAGGACACGGUCCAGAACUUUGCUGUCACCCCUGAUGUCAAUGGUUCUGGUAAUCUUCAUAAUGGCAGAAAAUAUUUAAAACAGAACAAACAUAAAGAAAAAGAACAGAACAGAAAUAUUCAGGACAGACUCCACCCAUAAACUUAAUGUAUGUAGGUGUUGCAGAACAAAACAUAAAUAGCAGAAAUAUUUAGAGAACAGAACAGAAAUAAGUUUAAAAGUUCCCCAAAUGCCUCGUUGCCAUCAGCAGAAGGCCUCAGUGGUCCCUCCCCCCAAAGUGCAAGGUUAUGCUGUGGCUAAUGUUUACUAGUAUUGUGUAGUUGAGUUCCAUUUACAAACUGUUUCUUCAGUUCAGGAGCAGCAGAUUUGAUUGAUUUGGUAUCCAAGCUGCCGCUGGUCUUAUACUGAAUACAGCUGUGGAACAGUAAUUAUUUAUAAUUGAACUGAUCUUGUGGCAAUAGUUCCUAUUUGAGACAAUAAUAUUUUUUUCCUCGCCACUGUUGUUCCCCAUUAGGGAUCGAAAUCAGGGAUCGAAAGCAGCUUGUAGGAUCGAAACCUACGAGCUGCUGACGAAACUGAAGAAACCUCAUCACAGUCCUAAAAGAUUCUCAGACAGUUGUACAGGAGUUAAGCACAGUGGUGUGGAGUCUGACCAAAAUAUUUGUAAAAUAUUAAUUAUGUACAAAUAAUGUAUAA